AUGAGCAGUUCCUGUGUGACACUGGCUGAGGUCCUGUGGGCAAAAGGAAGCCCUUUGGAGGAAGAAGAAAUAUGGGCGCUCUUGUACCUGGCCACAAUGCAGCUUCUGGAUGACCUUCACAAAGACCCUGCCAUCCAUGUUAUUUGUCCGUGGUCAGUACUAUUGUCUGCUGAAGGAAAUUUGUCCUUCCAAAACAAUGCAUCUCAGACAGAAGCUGUCCCUUUCAGUGCACCAGAAUUGCUCCACGCUCAAAGUAAAAACCAGCGCAUCAGGCUAACAAAGAUGUUGGUAUAUUCCUUAGGAAUGACCCUCUAUUGGUCAGCAGACUACCAGGUUCCUCCAAAUCAGUCCCUCCAGCUGAGUGACCAACUACACAUGCUCUUGCUGACACUAUGUGAAGAUCUGCCACAUAAAAGAAUUUCUCCUGAAUCAAUUCUGGAAGCAUGUGAGGCACAUCAGAAGGAAUCUGCUUCCUUACCAGCAAAUAUCUACAUAAAGAAAAUGGUCCAGUUUGCUGUGGGAAGUGCCAGUGAGGUAGAGCGGGUAGUCACUGAAGACAGCACAGCCUCUCAGCUUAGCAGAAGUCAUGUGAUAAGGAAACGACUGCAUGAGAAAAUAUCGGACACCUCGCUACUGUCCUCCCAGAUGAAUUUUCACCAAGAAAAAGGGUCCAGAUUAAUGAAUUAUAGUCGGUCAACAGAAGAUUACAGACAACUCUCUGUGGACUACAGUGACUCUAAUAGUAUUUCUGAAAAUACAUCUGUGAUACUGUCUAACCGAGGACACAGGAAAGACAGAUCACAAAAAUCCAGAAAUAACUGGAUUACAGAACACUCCAUAAUGCUGCUGCCCAUGGAGCUUUCUGUAGUGGAAAUAGAAGGGACAGGUUUCAGGCUGUUUUCAGGUCCUGAAUUUAUUAUUUUGUCUAGUGAACCACCGGUGACCUUACAGCUGCCUGGAUCAAUUGUGACUAAAAAAGGGAAAUCCUAUUUGUCCCAAAGGGAUCUCAAUGUGAUUCUGCUCAAUGGGCAGUGCCUUGAGGUGCAAUGUGACAUCAAGUCCAAGGCAAGAGAUGUUUUCAACACUGUGGUGGCAUAUGCAAACUUGGUGGAACAUUUCUACUUUGGCUUGGCUUACCUGAAAGGCAAAGAAUUUUUCUUUUUGGAUGAGGAGACCAAACUCUACAAAGUGGCCCCAGAUGGCUGGAAUGACCAACCCAAGAAGAAAACUUCCAUCAUUAAUUUCACACUCUUUCUAAGGAUAAAAUUCUUUGUCAACAACUUUAAUGUUAUCCAGCACGGCUUGACAAGGCAUCAGUUUUACCUGCAGCUUCGUAAAGAUGUUUUGGAGGAGCGAUUAUAUUGCAAUGAUGAGACUGCCCUGAAACUUGGCGCUUUGGCUUUACAGGCAGAGCUUGGCAAUUAUGCUUCUGAGAUGCAUGGAAAGAGCUAUUUUCGUGUUGAAGACUACAUUCCAGCAAGCCGAAUAGAGAAAAUGACCCUGGCAUAUGUACAGCAAGAGCUUGCUAAAUUACAUCGUAUGAAUCGUUCCCUAUUUGAGGAUGAAGCUGAACUAGAAUUUUUAAAGGUGACUCAGCAGCUUCCUGAAUAUGGAGUAUUAUUCUAUCAUGUGUCCCAAGAGAAGAAAGGAGCAGGAGAGGACAUCAUUCUGGGAAUCUGUGCCAAAGGCAUCAUUGUGUACAAGGUCAAAAAUCACACAAGAAUUGCCAGUUUAAGAUUCCAGUGGCGUGAAACAGAAAGAAUUUCGGCUCAUAGAAAAAAAUUCAUGAUUGAAAGCAGCUUCAGUGGCAAGAAACACACUUUCAUCACCGAUACAGCAAAGACAUGUAAAUAUCUGCUGGACCUCUGCUCUGCCCAGCACAAAUUCAAUGCACAGAUGAAUUCUAGACAACUUCAGCAAACUUCAUCAGAGGAAAGUAAAUUUGUGGAAAUAGACAAAUCAAAUUCUGCAUAUGCAGCUCAGAGUGAACACCUUUCCCUGAUUCAGAGACUGUCUCGUUCAGAGAAUGUGCUCUACGGAGCAAACCUGGAAAACCUUUCUGCUGGGAUGAUGAGCAAAUCUUGUGAUAACCUCAGUGUGGAAACUAAUAGCAGGACUAGAAACAAAACCAAUCUUGACAGAUCCACGUCAGGGCUAUCCCAGUCAGAAAUGCACAUCAAUUUGAAUGGAAAGCAAAGGAGUUACGACUACCUCUCUAUCCAUGCAACUCAGAACACAAUCAGUGCUCCUGGAUCACCAGCCAUCCAAAAAGAAGUUUUGUUAAGUGGUCUAGAAAGAGAAAUCAUUUGUGUCAACCUAAAACGUGAUUCAAAGAAUGGAUUUGGUUUUGUAAUUAUUGGAGGAGAAAAUGUAGGAAAAUUAGACCUCGGCAUCUUUAUCGCUUCAAUUGUCCCUGGGGGACCUGCAGACAGAGCUGGAAAUAUCAAACCAGGAGGACGACUCAUCUCUGUGAAUAAUAUUAGUCUCGAGGGCGUUUCAUUUAAUACUGCAGUUAAAAUCAUACAGAAUUCUCCUGAUGAAGUGGAGCUUAUCAUCUCUCAACCCAGAGGCUUUACAGACAUGUAUGAAGAUGGAUUAAAUGAAGAAAAGAAUUUGUCAAGAGGAAACAGCACUAGUGGAUCUGAGAUCUCUUGUGUAGACAGUGGGAGAAAAAAGAUUCAGGACUGUCAUGCAGCUCUCCCCAAAGAACAGGACAUAAAUAUAGAUGAACUUGAGAAGGCUCUUUCCUGGAGUUUAGCACCAAAAUUGGGCCCUAGGAUUCCAGUUCCUUCAGCUGAUAGCCUGGAUGUGGAGGAAGCUGAUUCUUCGUACUUACCAUCUCCAUCUGAAAACAACUCAAAGGAAAUCUAUACUGUGGAGCUUGUUAAAGAAGACGGGACUUUUGGAAUCAGUGUGACUGGUGGAAUUAAUACUAGUGUGCGUCAUGGUGGGAUAUACGUGAAGUCAAUUAUUCCCAGGGGACCAGCAGAUAAGGACGGACAAAUAAAGAUAGGUGAUCGUCUGCUGGAAGUAGAUGGCAUCAGCCUCUGUGGCAUCACCCACAAACAGGCUGUGGAACACCUUAAGACAUCUGGCCAGAUUGCCAAGCUGGUUCUAGAAAGGGGAAACUACCAAUUGGCAAGGCCAUGCCUGACUGCUGAUGACAGAAUUGAGGACCAAUGUGCAGUUGUUUCUGUGGCAACAUGCUUCUCAGAUGGUACAAAGGACUACUGCUUUUUGACAGAUGAUAAUACAUUUGAAGCAAAAUUGACAAAGAAUUCUGGAGGCCUUGGCUUUAGUGUUCUGCAAAUGGAAGGAGAUGCUUGCGACCACCUUGGAGGAGCUAUUGUCAGGAUCAAAAGACUGUUUCCAGGGCAGCCAGCUGAAGAGAGUGGCAAAAUUGAAGUUGGAGACAUCAUUUUAGCUGUGAAUGGGAAACCUAUUCAAGGACUCGUGUAUCAGGAUGUCCUACACUUGUUGAGAGGAGCUCCUCCAGAAGUCACACUACUACUUUGCAGACCACCAAAAGGUGUUCUUCCAGAAAUAGAGCAGAGUGCCCUGACACCAGCACCAUCUCCUAUGAAGGAGUUUGUGGCAGAAAUUCCAGACAAUACAGAGGCAGGAAACAGUAUGGAUCAGUCUACCAGUGACGAAGGUAGCACCUCUCCAGAUCUUGAAGACUGCCUGGAUUCUCCAGUGGCAGCAGAUUUCAGUGAGCCUCCUGAAGAGGACAGCUCAACUUACGAAGAGCAGGAAGCUGAGUUUCAAGAGAAGGCCACACAGAAACUUAUGACUCCCAAGGAAAGUUUCUAUAAGAAUCUUUGGAAGUUUCACAAAGAAGUUGCCAGUUCUGAAGUCUUCCACUCCCUAGAGGAAGAAGUGAACCAGAACUGCUACUCACCAUGUGAAUUUGGAUGGGUCAAAAGCCACAUGUUUAAUAAGAGUGAUGAUGACCUAUCGAACACAAAAUGUAUGCCCGAAACUCUCUCGCUAACCCCUAUUGAUGAAGAGUAUCUGACUAUCAGCUCAACAUCUGUGACCUCGCUUUCACGAGGAGGAAGCUCUGAGACACUCUCCACAACCAUGGCAACCCCACAACCAUGUGUUUGUGGGCCUUACUCACCACCCCUGCCUGCCAGAGACACACAUGACAGUGACAAUGAAUGGGAAGACUUGGAGGAACUAGAGGAAGAGAAGGAAGAAAAGGAAGAUUUCACUAGGGAAAUUGAGAUCUUUGUGACUUUGACAAAGUCAGAGAACAACGGUUAUGGAUUCUCUGUAGUUCUUAACAAAGUGGACAACUGCCUGUAUGUUGAUGAAAUCUUGAAUGAGCCUGCCCUGUCAGAUGGAAGACUAAGAAGUGGAGACAGAAUCAUUAUGGUGAAUGGAAUUGAUGUCACAUCUUUACCAUGUAAUGAAGCCCUGGCUUUACUACAAAGAUCUUCUCCUGAUCUGCACCUUAUGGUUGGUCGUGCUGACAGUGAUCCUCGUCCCUCUAUUAGGCCAGAUGAGAUUCCUGAAAUUACUCUCACAAAAGGUGCCAAUGGACAGCUAGGCUUGAAGCUGACAGGAGGAGCUGGAAGCAAGUUACAAGGUAUAUAUGUGCUAGAGAUAGUGCCUGGCUCUCCUGCCAGUGUGGAAGGCAGUUUGCAGCCACGAGAUCAGAUUGUUUACAUCUGUGGUCUGUGGACUGAGGGCAUUAGCCUGGAUGACGCAGUGAGAGUGUGUGAAGCUGCCAGCCAGAAUGUCCAAAUCAAAGCCACAAGAAAUGGCAAUCCAGUCGUUCCUAUAGAGCAGGAAAACAAGAAGCAUUUGGAGGAAACAAACUGUGGUGCUCAGCAAAACAUUCACAAUUCUCCAGAAAGUAAGGACUUCAUUAUUAAGAUUGAGCUGGAAAAAGCAGAAAAUGGAAGCCUAGGAUUUGCACUGGUAGGUGGAAGAAAUGGCAGGGCUAUCCUCAUAAAAGCCAUCUGCUCGGGCAGCAUUGCAGAUCUAGAUGGGAGGCUUCAAGUUGGUGACAUCCUACUUAAGGUCAAUGAAACAUUCGUGUCUGGUCUGCCACGCCAAGCAGUUAUAGAUUUGCUGCACAAGGCUCGAGGCACUGUUCAACUCACUGUCUGCCGCAGCAUGGCUUUGCAUUGGGCUUAUUCAGGCCAUCAGAGCAAGAGGAUACCUUCCCCACCAACCACAAAAGCAGAGCUGGGUGUCUAUGAGGCUGUUACGAAAGUGAGUCCCAUUGUCCGACUCAGUUCUUUCGGGAGUGCCAUGUCGCCACAGGACUUGUUUUCCAAGGCCCAGGAUGGUAUUCCGGGCGGUGGCAUGGGGCAGAGGGAUCCAGAAAGUACAUACAAUUCCUCUGUGCAAGGUCAGCUGGCUGGACAAGACUAUAAGGAUGUCAUCAGUAACAUUUCAGACAGGAUGUUAACAAUAUGGAUUGACUAUUUCUCUUUGAUCAAGGCUUUAGAAUGUGUGAAACCAAUAGAUGACUGCAGAACUGGCAAAGCACCAGAAAACCAGAAUAAAAACAGAUACCAAGAUAUUCUUCCAUAUGAUAAGACACGAGUUCCUCUGGGAGAAAAGAAUGACUACAUUAAUGCAAGUUACAUUCGAAUGAAAGUUGGAGAAGAGGAACAUUUCUAUAUCGUAACCCAAGGGCCUCUGCCAUCCACUAUGGCUGAUUUCUGGCAAAUGGUCUGGGAGAGUGAAUCAGAUACAAUUGCCAUGAUGACAAAAGAAGUGGAGCUAGAGCAAGUCAAAUGUCAUCGAUACUGGCCUGCACCUCCCCAUAGCUCUAUAGACCUGGCUAAUUUCCAUCUCAGGCUAGACAAUUACCAGAUUCUGGAACACUUCAUAAUUAGAACAAUAGAAAUGAUCAACAAGCAGACAGAAGAGAAGCGCAUUAUAAGUCAUUUGCAGUUUAUCAGUUGGCCAGACCACAAUACUCCCAAACUGCCUGAGCAGCUGUUCAACAUCAAGCAGAUAGUGAGAGAUCUGAGAGAUCAGCGUUUUGGCAUGAUCCAAACUAAGGAUGAGUAUUUAUUCUGUUACAAAGUUGUGCUGGAAGUCCUUCAGAACCUUCAAGCAAUGGAUUCCUACUGA